AAGAGAGCAGCGUUGCAGAAUUACAAACCACCACGACUUUAAUAUGCACUUGCACAGUAAAUAACUCGUUUUAUAAUAAAUUUUUUAACGUACAUAUCUCGAGACGAGUCUCGAAUCUAUGUGUGUGCGUAUUAUUAUUAAUUCACCUCUUCUAAAGAACCUGAACCUGACGGAAAGUGGAAAUUAAAAGAAUAUUAGAAAUGAAAAGUGAAAUUUGUAAAGUAAACUAGCAAGAGUGGGUGAGUGAGUGAGCCACAAGCCACAGAAAAUUGGAUUGAUAGAGUUUGGAAAAGAUUUCUGAUUUUGAGAGUGAAAAAGUUGUAAUUUUAAUUGUGAUAAAUAAUAAAUAUAUAACAUCAAAUUGGGCUGGUGGUCCUUCCACAAAAAUUGUUGUGAUAUAUAACGUGCCAUAAUAAAUUAAGUAAUUAGUAAAUAAAUUAUUUAACCAAACAGAGUUCCCCACAGUGUCAAGUUUGAUGUCAAAAAGUCGUCACAGCUCAAUAACAAAAUCCAUUGUGUACCAUAGCAAAACUUGUUUACUUCGUAGGAUCAGAAUUCCCUGAAAUCAUAGGCGUCAAUAGCACCUAAGCUGUACAUCGUCAACAAGUAUUGGGAUAAUUUCCAACUAGUUGGCAGUAAUCGUCCCUGGUAAAGUAGAUACAAAUGGAGUGACUCCAUCCAAAACCGGUCUCAUUCGACUCUCAAACCCCACGACGCCGUCUCAUCUCAGUCAGUAAAGUAAUAGAAGUACCAGUGAAUUUUUCCAGUGUGCCGUUCUGGACUUGACCUUAGAAAUAAUUCUGGCCUUUGAAAAUCAUAAAAAUGGCCACGCUCUUGUCCGCUGUCUCAUUCACCCUCACUCGCCUUUACUUACCGGCGACGUGUACUUGGAUUUUUUCCCGAUAUGUCAUUAAAGCCCCACCACUGGCUCUAGGCGCCGAAGUGGUCCUCGCCUUGGCGACUUUUACCCUUCUCUCACCCAUCAUCGCGACCUUGGUGGGGCUCAACCUGCUCGUCCGCCUCGUUUUGUCGGCCUAUCUUCGGGUCACGACGGGCAAGAGGAUAACUAUCAUGGAGGGAAGGGACGCCUUCGUGUCACAUGACGAAUAUGCAAAUUCGUGUAAUCACUACUCUCUUUAUGUCAUCGAGGGGAAGUGCGAUCUCGAAAAAAUUAGGAGGAAAUUUUCCUCUAUUUUAGAACAGAAGGGGGCCGAUGGGGAGAUUGUGUAUAACAGACUGAAAUGCAGAAUAAUCCGCCAUUUAACGUACUACUGUUGGUCGCAUGUUGGGUCCGCAUUCAAAAUCGAGAACCACGUCAAAUACUUUUCAAAUAUGGGCCCUUCCACGCCUGCGCUUACUCCGGCAGAUAUCUUUUCCGAAAUGCAAGCGAUCUAUGACCACCCUUUUCCACAGGAUAAAUCCCCUUGGGAAAUUCUCGUCGUUCCCAACUUUACCUAUGAAACGACCACUAGCAACUUAUCCGCAUCCCACUAUGCCUUCAUCGUCCGUAUGCAUCACGGUGUCAUGGAUGGGAUUUCAGCCGGAAAUGCCCUUCAAUACUACAUAGCCGACGCUCCCAGUAAACUAACCGUCGAUCCACUUUGUCCCUCACAUGCUUGGUCGUGGAGCAAAACGGUGCUGGGUUACCUCCAGUUGGCCAUCAUGGGACCAAGGUCGUUUUUCAAAGUCUUGUUUUUAGACGAGACAAACUGCUUUCAUGGCCCAGAGUUGACCGGACCAAAGACGUUGUCUUGGUCAAAACAGGUGUCGGUGGAUGCCCUUCGCUUAAUCAAGGAAUCAACCCAUACCUCCGUGACGGCCGUGUUAGUUUCCGCUCUGGGUGGCAGUGUGAGAGGACUCGCCCUUAAGAAAGGGCUUCCCGUCCCUUCCACCCUACACGCCUUUCCUACCAUUGGGAUCCUUCCCUUUCCAGAUGUCAAGCCCCGAAACCGGUUCACAAUGGCCCUUCUUCCCCUCCGAAUUGGGCUAGAAUCCUCCCUUGAGAGGCUGAAGAGUGCGGAAUCGGCAUUAAAAGCACUCCUCAGGUCGCCCGAUGUCCUCACAAAUUAUCAUUUAAUGGAAAUCUUUGGCGUGUUUCCCGUCCCCGUGAUUAAUUUCUUUCUCGAAAAAUGUCACGCUACACUUCUUCUGAGCAAUGUCCCCGGUCCGGCGGAAAAGGCGACGAUAUUUGGUGGAGAUAAAAUUGUCGACAUUGGAAUUUGGGCUCCUAUCCAGCUCGGAAUGAGUAUUGGAAUGUCGCUAUUUUCCUAUGGGGGAGCAGUUCGUGCCACUGUCGUGCUCGAUAAGACUGCCGGAUCUGCGGAGGACGUUCCCACCAUCAUUGAAGAGUUUGAGAAGGAAAUUGUAAAUCUGGCGAGACAGGCGGGGGUCUCGGCGGAGCAAGUUUUUAAAGACGAUGUCCAAAUUAGGGCGGUGGCGUCAUAACAAGACUGUGAUGAUUAUCAUGUACAUACAUAUAAUGCAGGUUUAGUGUGAAUGAAUAAUAUAUGACUAACGAAUUACUACAUACCUCGCAUAGUUUAAUAAAAUUUUGAUAGACAUAUAUAAUUACUUUUGUAUAAUAUGAAAUACUGUAGGAAAGUGAAUGCAUGAUUCUAAAUAAUAUAUUUAAUUAUGAAGCGCUUGAUGAACUGUUAUACAAUAUAUGACAAACUCAAGAAGUAGUAAAGAAAUAUCUUACAGAAAUUGAA